AUGGCUAAGUACUUCAGCGCCUACCGCAUAGACCACAUCCUGGGGUUCUUCCGCAUCUGGGAGCUGCCUGACCAUGCCGUCUGCGGCAUCCUCGGCCACUUUCGCCCCUCCAUCCCCAUCUCCGCGGAGGAGUUUGAGAAGGAGGGCGUGUGGGACUUCAACCGCCUCUGCGACCCCUACGUGCGCUGCCACCUGCUGCAGGAGAAGUUUGGCCAACGGUGGGCAGAGAUCGCAUCCAAGUUUUUUGAGGAGUACCAGCACCUCUGCUACAGGUUCAAGAAGGAGUACGACACAGAGAAGAAGAUCGUGGCAGCCGUGGAACCCAGAGAGGGGUCGCCCGAGUGGCUGGAGGAGGAGGCCAAGGAGACUCGCAAAGGACUGCUCUCACUCUUCCAGAGCGUGGUGUUGAUCCGCACGCAGGACGACCCGCGCAAGUUCUACCCGCGCUUCGACUGCGAGAAGACCGCCAGCUUCAUGGAGCUCGAUGACCACACCAAGGCGGUGGUGAAGAGGCUGUACCUGGACUACUACUACUCACGGCAGGAGAGCCUGUGGCGCAGCAACGCACUCAAGACGCUGCCCGUGCUCAUGAACGCCUCCGACAUGCUCGCCUGCGGGGAGGACCUGGGACUCGUGCCCGCCUGCGUGCCGCCCGUGCUGGCGGAGUUGGGGCUACUGGGGCUGCGCAUUCAGCGCAUGGCCACCAAGAUAGGCCAGGACUUUGGCAACCCUGCAGAAUACGACUACAUGACGGUGUGUGCGCCGUCGUGUCAUGACACGUCAACGCUGCGUGCGUGGUGGGAGGAGGAGGCGGAGCGGCGUCACAAGUUCUUCCGCUCCGUGCUUGGCUUCAGCUCACCCGCCCCCGACCGGUGUACACCGGACGUGGCGAGGGCCAUCAUCCAGCAGCACUGCGAUGCUCCCAGCGUGUGGGCCAUCUUCCCUCUGCAGGACCUGAUGGCGUUGAGGGAGGAGUAUUUGACACGGCCAGCCAACGACGAGACUAUCAACGACCCCACCAACCCUCGCCACUACUGGCGAUUCCGGGUGCACGUGCGUCUGGAGGACCUAGUGGCGGACUCAGCGCUCAUCACCAGCCUACAGCAUAUGCUGCUUGCCAGCGCCCGCACGGCCCCUGCAGACCUGCCCGACCGGUACCGGUCGUCCGCAGUGGAGUUCCUGGCGCACUCUGUGGGCAGCCUCAGCCUCUCCCACCCGCCCGCCACUCUCGGCGCUGCUCCCUCCCCGCUGCUCACUCUCUCGCUUGGACCCAUUCCUUGA